AGCUCUUGCGGAUCCCAGUUCGGCAGUCACGGGCACCUUUGGGACAGAUUCUCAGCUUCUACUGAAGGGUAAAUCUGGACGCUGUUACUUUAGUUGGCCAGAAAUCCAAGUAGUGGAAGUGAGUUAUAUUCUCUUGGAACUCAUCAUGAAUUUCAUGAAGACUGAAGAGAACGCGUCAUUCACUGCUACCGGAAAUGACCAGAGUACCAGACCUGAAGUUUCAAAGGAUACUGUCAUGCAGCAGGCAUGUUCUGGCACACCUGUUGAUCAAUCUCUAUCUGACAUACGAGAGUGUAACAGCACCAUUAAAGUUAAGAGUGAAGUCAGUGAGCAUGAAACAUCCGCUAAAAGUCAGAACCCACAUGUGAGCACCAGUAGAGAAUGUUGUUUCACCUUUACUUUGAAUGAACGCUCCAGGAAGUCAGACCGUAGUGUAUUUACAGCAUAUGGUGAACUCAAUGAGAAUAUCUACUCAGUUCUGAGUGCUAAUGACCAUUUUAGUGAAUGGAUGGAGAAUCAUUUUAAAAAGAACAUUAUUGUUUAUGAAGAAAAAACAAUAGAAGGAUAUGUAAAUUUAGGAAUGCCUCUCAGAUGCCUACCUAGAGGUUCCCAUUUUAAAAUAACGUUUGGUCAAAGAAAGGGUGACCAGGAAGAAGAUGAUCCGAUAUUACGCCAAUGUGAAAAUCCAAACAUUGAAUGCAUUCUUUUUCACAUUGUUGCUGUUGGGAAGAACAUAAAGAAGAUUCUCAAGAUCAAAGAACUUCAUGAAAAAGGAACUACGCUUUGUAUCUAUGCCUUGAAGGGUGAGACUAUCAAAGAAGCCCUAUGCAAGGAUGGCCGAUUUCGGUCUGAUCUAGACACAUUUGAAUGGAAAUUAAUGGAAGGUCACCAGAAAAUUCAUGGAAAACAGUCCAUGGUGGAUGACGUAUCUGGAAAAGUCUUAGAAUUGGACAUUUCUAAAAGACCAUUUGUCAGGAAAGGUACCCAUAAAAAAAUUGAACAGAAGGAUGAAAAUGCCACUGAUGAAAUUGGUCCCUGGGAUUUGAUACAGUCUAAGAGCGAAGUCCAUGAACCAGAGAAAGAUGGAAAGGCUGAAGAUGGAGAACACAACAGAGAAAAAAUUCUCACACCUCAAAGUCUAGGGCAUGAUAUUGAAGAUAAGACACACCAGACAACUCCCAAAACCAAACGUUAUUACGAUAAUAGUUACUUCAAAAAUCGUAGGGGGAAAAACCCAAAUAUUAGGCAAAGGCCCCGUCUGGGUAUGCAAUAUGCUAUUAAUUGGGAUCUCCAGAGGGAGGCAGCUAAUCUCUGGGUGAAGAAUUUACAGGCGUUGAGCAAAGUUAUGAUGCAUCAAUAUCCACAUUUUAAUGAAGAGGCACUUCGGAUACGAAAGUAUUUUGGGGAAGAACAGAAGAGAACUCAACUGCCAACGUUUAAACAAUUCAACAUCUAUAAAAAGUACUUUGGAAAAGUGACUGAAAAUUCGACUUCAGUUGCAAUCUGUGAACGUCUUGUUCAUCUUAGUAAGUCAGUUGGGUUCAUGAAAUGGGACAAUAAUGGAAACACAGGCAAUGCUACUUGCUUUGUCAUCAACAAUGGUUUUAUUUUCACCUGUCGACACGUUUUACAUUUCAUGGUGGGAGAAGGUACAGAUCCAAAUUUGUGGCCGUAUAUAAUAAGCAAAUGUGCAAAGGUCACUUUCACUUAUAAAGAGUUCUGCCCUAUUGAUGUUGAUUGGUUUUCCAUGGAGCCUAGUUUUAUGGUGUCUGAUGAAACUCUAGAUUAUGCCAUUUUAAAACUAAGGGAAAACGGAAAUGGAUUUCCUCCAGGCCUAUGUGGACAAGUUUCCCCUCAACCAUCUAGUGGUUUGCUUUAUUUAAUUGGUCACCCAGAAGGCCAGAUCAAGAAAAUAGAUGGUUGUGCUGUGAUUUCUUUAGAACAACGGUUAAAGAGGUAUUCAGACCAUCAUCAAGAUGGGGUAGCGGGACCCUAUGCUGCCACUUAUAAUGCUUGCCCUAUGUUUACCCAGAGAAGUUUCCUAUCAGAGGUUUGGAACACUGACACACUUAGUUAUGAUACUUGUUUUUCUAGUGGGGCCUCUGGCUCCCCAGUGUUUAAUGCAUCUGGCAAAUUGGUUGCUAUGCACUCCUUUGGGCAUUUUUAUAAACAUGGAGGUAAGGUUUACGCCUUUAUUGAAUUUGGCUAUUCUAUGGAUUCAAUUCUUUGUGAUAUUAAACAGAAAGAUGAGAGCUUAUACAAAUUAUUAACAGAAGAGAAAAAUGAGAACCACCAUGAAGAGAAAGAUAACAAACAAGAGUCCUUACUUCAAGAUCAUCAGAUUGAACCCAUGGAAUAUUAGGAAAAGGAUGCUGCUUUCAAAAAAAAUAUGCCAAUAAUUUAAAGUA